GUCUACGGUAAGCUCCUCUUUGAGGGCGAGGCGUUAGCACCGUUAGCUUUUGUUCGUAGAACGAUGGUGAUUCGUUCGGACGUCUGUGAGGUUUGUGGACAGAAAGGACGAUACGUGGUUCGGUUCCGAACAAUCCUCUUUAGCUAAAGUGUCGUAAAUGAGUGAAUGCGUGUUGAACGUAAAGACAACGUGGCUGUGAUUGUGAGACUAGCAGAUGAUCGGAGCUGCUGCUGUUCAGAGGACUUUGGUGUUUGUUGGAGCUGAAGAUCUUUUGCAGCUGCAGGAACAAUGUCUUCAGAACCUCAGGAAGAUUCUGACAGAGGACAUCUUUCUGCUGCUGAAGGAACCAUCGUCCAGAACCAGGAGGAGCUCUGCGGUCAGAGCAGAAUGAUGGAUUCCAACUGGAACCCGCAGCUUCAACUGCAUGUUGUAGUCCUCCCUCAGUUUGUAACUGAAGAGGAAGAUCUCUACAGCCAGCAGAGGAUUUUUGGAGUGAGACAGAAGGAACAAGAACCUGCACAUAUUAAAGAGGAGCAGGAGGAACAAGAACCUCCACACAUUAAAGAGGAACAGGAUGAACCAGAACCAUCACAGAUUAAAGAGGAGCAGGAUGAACCAGAACCAUCACAGAUUAAAGAGGAGCAGGAUGAACCAGAACCAUCACAGAUUAAAGGGGAACAGAAGGAACAAGAACCUCCACAUAUUAAAGAGGAGCAGGAGGAACAAGAACCUCCACACAUUAAAGAGGAACAGGAGGAUCCAGAACCUCCACAAAUUAAAGAGGAACAAGAACGGUUCUGCAUCAGUCAGGAUGAGGAACAACUUCAUCUGAAGCAGGAGACUGAAACAUUGAUGGAGAUUCCUAUUUUUAAGGAAAAUGAGAACAAUGAAGGAGAUCUAAACAAUCAGCAGAGCUUUAAUGCAGAAGAAGAUGAAGAAGGAAGCCAACACGAAGAACUAACUAUAGACAAAGAGGCAGAUGCACAGAACAGAGAUCAGAGGAAGAGAAAAGACAGAAUUCAUGUCCACAGUGUGGACAGCUCUCACAUAUCAGAAAGUCAAUGUGACUCUGUUGUUAGAAAAAACACUAAGAAAGCAACUUUAGUUAAGAAACGCAAACAAUCCCCACACAAAAAGAUACUUUCUUCUAUAGAGGCGGGUGAAAGCUCAGGAAUUGUUAGUAAUCUCUUUCCCUACUCAAAAACUGAGUGUGAUGGCAGACUUUAUUUCUGUCCAGAAUGCAGUAAAAGUUUUGGUUACUGGUCUGAGUUUAGAAUUCACAAGUUAACUCACACAGGAGAUAAGCCUUUUUCUUGUAAAGAAUGUGAUAAAAGUUUUACUGCUUCUUAUGAUCUUAAAAUACACUUGAGAACUCAUACAGGAGAGAAGCCUUUUUCUUGUAAUGAAUGCAAUUUUAGUUGUAGUCGUGCAUCUAAUCUGAAAUCACACAUGAGAACUCACACUGGAGAAAAGCCUUUUUCCUGUACAAAAUGUGAUAAAACUUUUACUCAAUUAUAUAGUGUCAAAUCCCACAUGAGAACUCAUACAGGAGAGAAGCCCUUUUUUUGUAAAGAAUGUGAUACAAGUUUUAGUCGUGCAUCUUAUCUCAAAUCACACAUGAGAACUCACACAGGAGAAAAGCCUUUUUCUUGUAAAGAAUGUGAUAAAAGUUUUAGUGGAAUGUCUAGCCUCAAAAGACACAUGAUAACUCACACUGGAGAGAAGCAAUUUUUUUGUAAAGAAUGUGAUUCAAGUUUUAGUCGUGCACCUUAUCUCAAAUCGCACAUGAGAACUCACACAGGAGAAAAGCCCUUUUCUUGUAAAGAAUGUGGUACAAGUUUUAGUCGUGGAUCUAGUCUAAAAAUACACAUGAGAACUCAUACAGGAGAAAAGCCCUUUUCUUGUACAGAAUGUGAAAAAAGUUAUAGUCGUGGAUGUAGUCUUAAAAUACACAUACAAACUCACAAAGGAGAAAGGCCCUUUUCUUGUACAGAAUGUGAAAAAAGUUAUAGCAGUGCAUCUCAUCUCAAAACACACAUGAUAACUCAUACAGAAUAGAAGACAUUUUCUUAUAAAAAUUGUGAUAAAAGAUUUAGUCAAAUAUCUAGUCUCAAGUCACAGAUUAGAACUCAUGUGUGAUUUCUCAGAAAAGAUGUUUUAGUCAAAAAAAAAUUUAAAGGCCAUUGUGUGGAAACACUUUGAAUUUUGUAAAGUGGUGACCAUACAGUGUGGUAGAAUGUUCUUAUAAUGUUCUGAAUCACACUGGUUAAAGUUUUUGCUAAAGAGGUUCUGCAUCAAUCUUAUGUCAGUGAAACGGAUGGUUUAAAAUGAACCAAAAUCUAAAGUGAAACAAAUCGACAACUACAAAUAUCAAAUCGUUGUUAAAAAUGAAUCAUUACACCCCCAAUGUAAACAGAGCCACAGGCUGAUGGCCUCCAUACUGAGCAUAUUGAUGUAGUAAUUCAGUUAAAAGAAGUCAGGCGUUAGUAUAGAAAACAAAGAAAUGAAGAGUUUUCUGACAGGUGCUGCAAACAUCUUUCUUCUUCUUCUUUGAUAUUCUUAUUUUUAAGAUACUUCUAAAUGUUUUUAACAUCUAUUAACUGCAAUUAUCAAGAUCCUUAGAAUAAAGGAUUUAUAUAUUUCAAUGUAUGUAUAUUAUUCUAUACAAUGAGUCUCACUGUUUAAAAUGUUUGAUUAAAAAAUGUCACAUUUUUAAAAAAAAAAUAUUCUUAAAGAUGAACCAGUACAUAUAAAUGUGUUGUAUUUAAUCACCAUAGUUUAAUCUUCAUCUUUUAAAUUGUUUCAUUUUGGUUCUAACUCAUGCUGAUACAAUGUGCAUGUUGUCUAAGCCUUUGUUACUAUGACAGCACUGGAAAUAUUUUGUUUGCAUCUUUAAUUGUAAUACUUUUUAUGAGAUUGGUAAACAUUUCAUUGUAGUUUUAGAAAGGUAUUGACUGGAGUUGAUAUUUUUUGCGGCAUAUAAGCAAUUUCUUUAGGAAAGGAUUUUUCCAAAAUGGCGACGUGUGUUUCUAUCUUGUGUUCAAGUGAUUCCUGUUUAGAAUCAGAUAUUAGAAGUGUUUCUCUGCUCUUUUUAGUUGUCAGUGUUCUGUUCCAGCCUUUCCUGUGAAGAAUAAAGUGGACGUGAACAUCAGUCAGAAGUGUGGAGUCCUUUCUGCUGUUUGUUGGUUCUCUGCAGAUUCCAAAGCUGGACUCCUCAAGUCCAAUUCUGACUGCUGAACUCAGGACUGAGCUCAGAUCACAGAGCUCCAUCAGGAAGUGUGAAGAAGACUGAAGUCGGCAAACUGCUUCUCUGGUUUUCUCAUCAGUCCGAGUGCAGCAGCGAGCUCAAAAGAAACCUUCAAACUUUGUACUUGUGAAGGUUGGCCAAAGGUGGACCCUCAGCAUUUAUGAAAAGCUGUUGGUGGACUCAAGAACCACAGGGAGACGGGCAUCUUUAGAGCUCUGAUCCCUUUUUUAAUUUCAACCGCAGGCAACGUGACAUGGCAGCCCAAAAACAACCCCUCCAAACUUUACAAAAAAACACCACUUAUAUACAAUUCAGACCAUUCAGACCAUACCAUAAACUUAGAAGUAGGGCCAACUGCCUGACCAAAUGUAAACAGUGAGUGUAAAACCAAUGGGUAAAAUGAGAUGUUUAACUAACCAUAAAGUGACUGGGAAAACUAAUAAUUAAUAAGAAACUAAAUGCAUGAUCAAACCAACAAUAAGGAACAAAACAAAACAAAAGGUCUCGAGAUCCACCCCUCUCCAUUUCAGCUGAUGGUUCUUCCAGGCCAAGCUGAUUGAUGGCAAACUGGAUCACAGCUGGUGUCCAAGGGAGGCCUUCAUGGCACGCUUCAUGGAAACACUCCCCUCUGGUGGACACUCAAAAACAAAGAAAUUAAUGGAGAGAACAAAACACAAAAAUGUCAUAUGGUGAGCUUUCACCUCAAGUGAGGGAGGAUGCGAUCACGAAUCCUCACUACUGCAGUGAGGAAACAAAAUAUUCGGGACCUGUCCACACCGGUGACCCCCCAAUCAAGUUCACAGAGUACGCUACCACAGGACCCCCCAGAUCCAAGCAAAGAGCCAGACCCUGGAGAUCCCACUGCAGCGACCCCGUUCACUGAGAAAGGUCAAUCACUGAUGUGGAGGAUCCCUCAGAGGAAGACAUUUGAGUUAAAAAUGUAAAAGGAGUAAAAUAGAUUAAAAUGAA